AAUCUUGACGCUGAGGUUCUUGGCGAACCGGAGUGUCGUCCAGGCGUCACAUUUGUAGCAACGUCCAGCGCUGACCUUGAACAACAUCGCAUCGGUGAUUACGCCUUCGAAGAGCUCUCCUAGAGGCGGUGCGAGACGUUCGGCCUAUCGCGGGCUGGGGGAGGAGCCGCCGGCCGGAGGGGCGCUAUAUAACGCCAGUCAAUCAUUAGUGGACGCGGGACCUCUGUGGAGAACGGGGGUGUGCUGUGCUGCUCGUCUGACCAGCUGCGGGAUUCUGGGACCGUGCGGACGCUCAGCAUGCGGGGGAUCUGCUUUCUGCUCUUCGGCGCCGUCGGCCUGCUGCUGUGGCCGCAGGGGCGAGCGCAGGGGCCCAGCAGAGCGUUCUGCGACGACAAGGACGUGGAGGCCGGCGUGGACCUGGCGCUCGUGGCCCACAACGCCAAGCUGCAGCAGGGGAACCAGCUUGCGCUCUACCAGACCGUGGGAGCCUCGAAGGAUGUGAACGAGUCCACCACUGUGUUCCGCCUGACGUUCCUCGUGCGAGAGUCUGACUGUCCAGUAGGGGGAGACAAAGAGUGGCGAGACUGUGACUACCUGCCUCAGCCCGAUGCGGUGGCUCCCAGCCCGUGCACAGCAGUGGUGCACAGGAACAACGCUGAAGAAAGCCUAGCCAUGGUUUCAGUCGAGUGCAAACCCUCAGUGGAGCCCAUGGUGGUUCCAGAGCGGGCGCAGUGUCUGGGCUGUCCCCAGAGGAUCGACCUGGAGAGCGAGGACCUGAGGGAGCCCGUGUUGUCCUCCCUGUCCAAGUUCAACGCGGAGGACGGCUCCAGCCACCACUUCCUGCUGCGCGAAAUAGUGUCUGCCACACGGCAGGUAGUCGCAGGAUUCAGGUAUGACGUUCAGUUCAACCUGGAAAAAAGCAACUGCUCAAAAAGUGACUUCAAAGAGUUAACAGAGGAGUGCCACCCAGCUGAAACAGAACCAGAGUUUGCCAAGUGCAAUUCCACCGUUUAUAUAGCGCCUUGGAGAAGAGAGGAACCUGAAGCUCACGUGAACUGUGAACGUAUUCUCCGGAUGGGAUUUUCUAGGCGGAGACCUCCCGGCUGGUCCCCCCUCAGACACUUCAACAACUUCGCUGAGCGGGCAACAGCGGCGCCCCCCGUGAGCAUGGCCCAAACCCUGGCCCCCCCGGCCCCAACACCAAACUCCUCGGAGGAUGACCAUCGCCCAACGCCAGAAGCCGCAGAGAAGAAGUCCUCGGAGGAGUCGCAGGAGGUGACCGCGCGGUCGCCCGCCACGGGCUCUGGAGACGCCACUCCAGAUCCCGCCGACCUGCUCGAGCUCCCCCCGGCGUCUGAGCCCGUCAAGCCCUUCAACUGCCCCACCAAACCCUGGAAGCAGUUCGUCCCCCUCACCCCCCCUCCUCCUCCUCCCACCCCCCAAAAGAAGCCCACCCCCGCCCCAGAGCUCGCGCUAGAAGACAACAGAGCCUUUAGCGACUUAGACUUGAUAUGAUAGAUGUAGCCCGGAAGGUUCAUUUGUGACGGUUUCUCUACGUAUUUCUUUUAAAAUCUUCACAGGGGGGACAAAAAAGGUUUUGACUCUUAACAAGUUUUCAGUCUCACACUUUGUUACUGGCUUAAACAACGAGGGGGGGGAAAAUACUGCUCUUUUAAUAUUUUACGGAUGCAGACGUGUAUAUAUGCAAACUAAUAAAUGUUAUCUAGACUUCUUAACAUAGCCAUGUAUUGUGUUGCCACUGUCAGCUACAGAAACAUACAGAGACUGUGCUAAUAUGAAUAUUCUACGGCAGCUUGCUUUGGUGGAGAUGCUCGGGGAACAGAUUCAGCUGUAAAUGGGCAUUUUAUGCUAGAUAUAUCAGGGCCCUGCUUUGUGAAACUUAGCUGGAUAACUGCGCCAAGUAAAACCCAAAAUCAUUACAUUACAUUACAGGCAUUUGGCAGACGCUCUUAUCCAGAGCGACGUACAACAAAAUGUAUAACCAAAACCAGGAACAAGUGUGUUGAAAACCCUAGAGGGAAGUACAGUUCCAAGUGCAGGGAAUGACCGCGUAGUUUAACUUGGACCCUGUAGGUUAAUCUGAUUAACACAACAAAAACAGCAACAAAGGGGUCUAUGCAAGUAAAACAAGCAAUAGUUGAGUAGGCACAAGUGCAAUAACUAAGUCAACUAAGAUAAACAGCUUGCCUAGCUACAACCCUAAGAUAUGUAUCAUCCCAAAUAUGAAUAUGAAUCAUCCCAAAUAUGGAGCAUGGGCUGAAGUAAAAAGAGCUGUUCUGGCUUUUACUCGGGGCAGUUAUCCAGCUAACUCGGUAAUCAUGCUUGGUGAAACCCCCCACUGAUAUGGACGUAUUAAAACAUACCACCUGCUUGAUGGCCUUGUCAAUAAUAUUGUCCACAAAAACAUUUAACUACUAAAACUACAACUUGACACAACUAACACUGGUCUUGUUUUUUUUUUUUUUUUUUAAAAACAUUGUGAAAGCACAUUAACGCACAACUAUUUUCUUGCUGAUAAAAUGCAAACCUUAUUCUUAA